GCCGACGCUGCACCCGCUCCCCGCGCGCACUUCCGCGCAUGGCGCUGCUGCCCCGGGCACUGAGCGUGGGCGCGGCCCCGAGCCUGCAGCGGGCGGUGCGCGCGCUCACUUGCGCCAUGGCGAGUCCUGGCGAGCUGCAGACCCCGGCCCCGGCCGCUGCUUCCUUCGACUACCUGGUGAUCGGCGGCGGCUCGGGAGGGCUGGCCAGCGCACGGCGGGCGGCGGAGCUCGGCGCCAGGGCCGCGGUGGUGGAGGGUCACAAGCUGGGUGGCACUUGCGUGAAUGUCGGAUGUGUCCCCAAAAAGGUAAUGUGGAACACAGCUGUCCACUCUGAAUUCAUUCACGAUCAUGUGGAUUAUGGCUUCCAAAGCUGUGAGAGUAAAUUCAAUUGGCAUGUCAUCAAGGAGAAGCGUGAUGCCUACGUGAGCCGCCUGAACACCAUCUACCAAAACAAUUUAACCAAGUCCCACAUAGAAAUCAUCCACGGCUAUGCAACAUUUGCAGACGGUCCUCAGCCCACGGUCGAGGUCAAUGGGAAGAGGUAUACUGCCCCUCACAUCCUGAUUGCCACAGGUGGUGUGCCCACAGUUCCUCAGGAGAGCCAGAUCCCAGGUGCCAACUUGGGAAUGACCAGUGAUGGAUUUUUUCAGCUGGAGGACCUGCCUAGGCGCAGUGUCAUUGUGGGUGCGGGCUACAUUGCCGUGGAGAUAGCUGGCAUCUUCUCUGCCCUGGGCUCCAGGACGUCGCUUAUGAUAAGGCAUGAUAAGGUCCUUAGGAACUUUGACUCGCUCAUCAGUUCCAACUGCACCGAGGAGCUAGAGAACGCAGGUGUGGAGGUGUUGAAGUUCUCACAGGUUAAGGAAGUAAAGAAAACAACAUCCGGCUUGGAACUUCAGGUCGUUACUGCGGUUCCUGGUAGGAAACCCACUACAACUGUGAUUCCAGAUGUUGACUGCCUGCUCUGGGCCAUUGGACGGGACCCAAAUUCUCGGGGCCUGAAUCUAAAUAAAGUGGGGGUUCAGACCGACGACAAAGGCCAUAUCAUCGUAGAUGAAUUCCAGAAUACCAGUGUCAAAGGCAUCUAUGCUGUGGGAGAUGUCUGUGGGAGAGCUCUUCUCACCCCAGUUGCGAUAGCUGCUGGCCGGAAACUGGCCCAUAGGCUUUUUGAAUGCAAGAAAGAUUCCAAACUGGACUAUGACAACAUCCCCACCGUGGUCUUCAGCCACCCCCCUAUCGGGACGGUGGGGCUCACCGAAGAUGAAGCUAUUCAUAAAUACGGGAAAGAGAAUGUGAAAAUCUACUCCACCAUCUUUACCCCGAUGUAUCAUGCUGUCACCACAAGGAAGACAAAAUGUGUGAUGAAAAUGGUUUGUGCUAACAAAGAGGAAAAGGUGGUUGGGAUCCACAUGCAGGGGAUUGGCUGUGAUGAAAUGCUUCAGGGCUUCGCCGUGGCAGUGAAAAUGGGGGCCACCAAGGCCGACUUUGACAACACGGUCGCCAUUCAUCCUACCUCUUCAGAAGAGCUGGUCACACUCCGCUGAGGGCCAGGGACUUGUAUGGCUGCGGGCAGACCAGUAGACCUCUGAGAAGAACUGACGGAUCAAGUUUACUUCCUGCUCCAGCGUUCUACGUUGAUUUGGAUCAGGAUCAGGAUCUUCUGAUAGUGUAAAUUUUUAGUUUAAAAAAAAAAAUCUUAUUUAUCUAAUUGGAAAUUUGUUUUGUUAAUCUGGGGUUGGUUUUCAUUUGAUAAUAUUUCACAGUAAUUAAUAUUUUUAAUUUUUUAUCCCUGCGCUAGUUCUGUUUUUUCUUGCUUCACCCUCAUUCCAGGUAUAAACAAAUAUGAAGUACAGCCGGGCGGUGGUGGCGCACGCCUUUAAUCCCAGCACUCGGGAGGCAGAGGCAGGCGGAUCUCUGUGAGUUCGAGACCAGCCUGGUCUACAGAGCUAGUUCCAGGACAGGUUCCAAAGCCACAGAGAAACCCUGUCUCGAAAAACCAAAAAAAAAAAAAAAUAUAUGAAGUACAGUGAAGUUAAUGCACCCGAUGAAUGAAUAUAGCUGGCUAUUUUUCUUUUUAUUUGAGACAGUGUCUCUAUGCAGCCCAGGGUGGCUUCAGACUUAAGAUCCUCUAGCUAUGACCUCAUGAGUGUUGGAAUUAUAGGCAUGCCUGGCCCUUCCUGGCCUAGCUUGUUAGUUUAUAUGAUGGUAAGUCUCCAUCUAUAAAUAUAUGAGUAUACAGAAUACAUGUGUGUUUUUGAAUCUGCCAUUUUUGUUCCGUGUAUUGCAAAGCUGCGCUGAGGAUGUGACCUCUCGCUAAUCUCAUUUUAUUCUUUGCUCUGUUUUAAAUGAUUUAGAAUGGUUUGCAUUGUUUUUAUAACAUGAAGUGCAUCAAAGUCAGGAGGCUGUUGAAUCCGUGAGAAAGCCACGAGCUGACUGUGCUUGCAGGAGGGGUAGGCUGAGCCACUUCAGAGUCCUUCCUUCUGAGCACUCACAGUUCAGCUGAUCAUUUCAAUGUUUCUGUAGUUUCUGUCAUUUUAUUUUUUUAUGAGAAUUGUUCCAAAAAUUUGAAAGUCACUGCAUUGCCUUAUAAAAUUUAUUAUGAACUUA